AUGCCACUCCUGUUUCCAGUGCUCGAGAGCUGUGUGGUGGUUGCGACCAGGGUCGGGAUGCUCCCAGUCAUGUACGACCUGCUUCCAGGCAGUUGCUCCCAUCUUGCGGCUGAUUUCUGGCACGACCACAGAUGGCUCAACAGGAACAGGACUGCCCGAGCCAUUUGUCAUGGCAUUCAUCAGCAAGGAGCCCUGGAGUGGAACUACAGCCCCAUGGCCACUUCCAACUGUAGGUGUGUGGCCACACAAAUCAACCAUAGUCACUGUGACUCAGCCUCAUUGGAGUUGAUUUUCACUGGGCAUAAAUUGAGCCAAAACUUUACAAUACCUGUAGCAGGCUUUGCAGUCUGCUACAUGGGGUUCGUGGGAGCGAUCCAGGAGAUCCCUGAGACUUUUCAGGGAUUGUGCCUCGGACCCUUCUGGACCCUUUUGAUGCCAUCACAUCUAUCACAUCUUAUCAACGUGCACGCGUGCUUCCCUGCCCUCGCCUUUUGUGCGCCCAAAGAAGAUGCGUCCCCUUGUUCUUUCCUUCCCUCGCCCCUUCCCUCAACACUCUCUGCGUCUCAGUCUCCGCCGUUGAUGUGGGUGUCGCUUCGCCCGCGUUCCCCUCGUUUUCUGCGUCCUCACCGCCUGGGGGAAACACUCUGCCUCUGUUGUGUCUAUGGCUUACAUGCUGUUAUCACCUGCAUCUGCCUCGAGGUGCCUUUCUUCACGAUUUCGGCCAUCCUUCUCUUGUUUGGCGGGCAUCCCCUUGACCUUUCUCUGCACUGUCUGUUUCAUAUAGAGGUGAGUGGAUCUUCUUUGGAUCCUUUUCCAACUUUCUCACUUCCACUCCGUUUUGAAGAUUUCGCGUGCGCUUUUGUCGCUCGUCCCUUUGGCCUCCGACUUCUCCUAGGCCCAUGUGCACCCCCCUCACCCGUAUCUGGUCUGUUGCGUCUUAUUGGCGUCGUCUCAGCACCCCCCAGUCCUCUGGUAGGAGGACCAGUCUGCAAUCCGCGAGUUCACUUGCGAAGUUUGCUGGACUGCAUCCUGCUCAACUCGUCUGACACUUUGGUUUAUCCGAGUGCCAGCGAGCGAGUCGCUGUCGACUUCCCAGCAGACUCUGACAGGCUUCAACUGGGUUUUCGAAGACAUCAAUUCACCUCAGAUCGUGCGAUCACUUGGCAGCUGCAACAGCUCCUCCCUCCAAGCUCGCUUGACUGCCGCAAUGGCUCCUCACUUCAGCUUCCUCGAUUGAUCUCUGCAGCGAAUUUCAUAUAUGUGGUGAGUAGAUCUUCUGUUGAUCCUCUUCAACUUCCUGAUUUUCAAUCGCUGGUGAAGGGUUCACAUGCACCUUCACUCGCGUACCCGUUGAUUACAGGCGAGAUUGCCUCUGGCAGCAUGUUUUUUGGCGGCAUGUCCUCUGGCAGACAUGCCAUAGACCACACUUUCUCCACCACCGUUGCCCACUUUGCAACCGUUUCCUAA